GGAACAGAGCUCGGAUCCCAGCGAGGCCAGCGCGAUGAGAGGCGCUCGCGGCGCCUGGGAUUUUCUCAGCGUCCUGCUCCUUCUGUGCGGCGUCCAGACAGGCUCUUCGCAACCAUCUGUGAGUCCGGAGUUUCCGUCCCCGCCGUCCAUCCACCCUGCACAAUCUCAGCUAACCAUCAACGCGGGCGACGAGCUUCGGCUGCUGUGCACAGAUCCAGCCCCGGUCCGGUGGACUUUGAAGUCCAGUAACUUGGGUCGAGUGAGUGAGAACAAGCACAAUGAGUGGGUCGUGGAGAAGGCAGCCGCCAGCAACACAGGCACCUACACGUGCACCAACGCAGGCGGCUCCAGCAGCUCCAUCUAUGUGUUCGUUAGAGAUCCCAACAAGCUUUUCCUGGUGAACAAGAUGCUGUACGGGAAAGAAGACACCGAUGCCUUGGUCAUCUGUCCUCUCACAGACCCGGAGGUGUCCAAUUACUCCCUCAAGAACUGCGAGGGGAAACCUCUCCCCAAGGACUUGGUGUUUGUCCCAGACCCCAGGUCUGGCAUCACCAUCAAGAAUGUGCAGCGCGCCCACCACCAACUCUGCGUGCGCUGCUCUGCCGACCAGGAGGGCAAGACGGAGCUGUCAGAAAAGUUCAUCCUGAAAGUGAGGGCAGCCAUCAAAGCUGUACCCGUUGUCUCCACCUCCAAAGUCAGCCACCUUCUUAGGGAAGGAGAGGAAUUUUCGGUGAUGUGUACAAUAAAGGAUGCCUCUAGCUCUGUGGUCUCCAUGUGGGCAAGAGAAAACAGCCUGCUCAAAGCCAACGUAUCAACAACAAGCCGGCAUAAGGGUGACUUUGAUUAUGAACGUCAGGAAAUGUUGACUAUCAGCUCAGUGAGAGUUAAUGAUUCUGGAGUGUUCAUGUGUUAUGCCAAUAAUACUUUUGGAUCUGCAAACGUCACAACAACCUUGAAAGUCGUAGAUAAAGGCUUCAUUAAUCUCUCUCCCAUGAUGAACACCACGGUAUUUGUUAACGAUGGAGACAAUUUAGAUUUGAUUGUGGAAUACGAGGCAUACCCCAGACCUGAACACCAACAGUGGGUCUAUAUGAACAGCACCUCUACUGCUAAGUGGGACCAUUAUCAGAAGUCUGAGAAUGAAAGUAAUAUCAGAUACGUAAGCGAGUUACAUCUAACCCGGUUAAAAGGGACCGAAGGAGGCAUUUACACAUUUCUAGUGUCCAAUUCUGACGCCAACUCCUCCGUCACCUUUAAUGUUUACGUGAAGACAAAACCAGAAAUCCUGACUUUUGACAGGCUCGAGAAUGGCAACCUCCAGUGUGUGGCAGCAGGGUUCCCGGAGCCCACAAUCGAGUGGUUUUUCUGUUCAGGAGCCGAGCCGAGCUGCCUGGUUCCCAUUGUGCCGCUGGCUGUCCAGACACUGAAUGCCUCCGUGUUGCCCUUUGGAAGACUCGUGGUGCAGAGCACCAUGGACUACAGCGUGUACAAGCAAAACGGCACGUUUGAGUGUAAGGCUUACAACCAAGUGGGCAAGAACGCCGCCCGCUUUAACUUUGCAAUUAAAGAACAAAUCCAGUCCCACACCCUGUUCACGCCUUUGCUGAUUGGUUUUGUGAUCGCAGCCGGGCUGAUGUGCGUCAUUGUGAUGGUCCUCACCUACAAAUACCUACAGAAGCCCAUGUAUGAAGUGCAAUGGAAAGUGGUUGAGGAGAUAAACGGCAACAAUUAUGUUUACAUUGACCCAACUCAACUUCCUUAUGAUCACAAAUGGGAGUUUCCCAGAAACAGGCUGAGUUUUGGGAAAACCUUGGGUGCUGGAGCCUUUGGGAAAGUCGUGGAGGCCACUGCAUACGGCUUAAUUAAAUCGGAUGCGGCCAUGACCGUGGCGGUGAAAAUGCUCAAACCAAGUGCCCACCUGACGGAACGAGAAGCCCUAAUGUCUGAACUCAAAGUCCUGAGUUACCUCGGUAACCACAUGAAUAUUGUGAAUCUUCUUGGAGCAUGCACUGUUGGAGGGCCCACCCUGGUCAUUACAGAAUACUGUUGCUAUGGUGAUCUUUUGAAUUUUUUGAGACGGAAACGGGACUCCUUUAUUUGUGCCAAGCAGGAGGAUCAGGCAGAAGCAGCGCUGUACAAGAACCUCCUGCAUUCAAAGGACCCUACCUUGUGGUACGACAUCAUGAAGACUUGCUGGGAUGCCGACCCCCUCAAGCGGCCAACCUUCAAGCAAGUGGUUCAGCUCAUUGAGAAGCAGCUCUCAGAUAGCGCCAGUCACGUAGUCAAUUGA